CUCGGUGAUCUCCGGAUCAAUGAUUAACAUCUUCAGCCGUCCGCGCACUAAAGCUACUUUCUGUUUCUCCGUUUAUAGGAAAACUCAGUUCGAUCAGCAUCGGCCCUCAGACUUUGAUUUCAACCAUGAAAAGCCUUUUAUAAUAGAAGAGCGCGCAAAAACACAAGGAGUUAUCAUGUCCAAGUAGAAGUCGGUCUCUUGGCUCUGUUACGCUUUCCAUACGGCUGGUAUCCAAAUGGCACGAACUGAACUUUGACCAGAGCGCAUUUCUGAAACGCUGAUCCCGAGUCACUGGUAGGCUGCGCGAGGAGGGGGCGUGGUAGAGGGGAGUCGCUCGUGCACACAGAGGCGCGAGAUACCCCUGUUGGACAUUCAUCCGCGGGACUCACCGGGACACAGAACGGACACGGGAGUGACGAUGAUAAAGGAGUGGGAUUCGGAGGGCAACGUGGCUGACUGGGAUGGCAGCGUCACCAACGGCGUAACCCAUGGCAACAGUGGCGGCGUAACCCACGGCAACAGCGGCGGUGUGGACAGGAAGUUGGGAAUGCUGGGGUCACUCCGGGCCAGCAUGCGCAGGAAGAGCCCCCUGACCAAACUCACUCAGAGGUCAAAGGUCAAAUCAGCCUCUGACCUGCCCAGUGUCGACAACAACCCCAACAACAGCACAAACACACACACACACACACCGCCACCCUCACCAAGUCUGAGUUUGGGGUCCCCCCUCAGUGGUCUGAGCGGAUUCUUCCAGAAGAAAGAUGGAACCUCUGGAGGAAGUCCACUCAAAACACCCCAAAGCCAUGCCCGAGCACAAUCAGAAUCCUCCGUUGCCCUGGGCGAUCUGCUGCUGAAGAAGGGGGCGUCUCUCCGUCGGAGUCUCCGAUUGGGCAGCAAGCGCCCCGCCCCCGAGCGCCCAGCCAAUCAGGAGCCACUACACUGUGUGGUGGAGGCCAGCCAAUCAGAGCAGAGCGCCGGCAGGUCAGAGGUCGCAGAGAAAGAAGAAGUCAGAGAGUCGUACGUCCUCCCCGAGAUCCCCCCUCUGCCCCUCUCAGUGAUGCAGAUCAAUAAGCUGAUAGAGCUGGAGGUGCUGGAGGAGGCGCAUCUGAACCUGUUGUCUCUGCGGCGGGAGUUCCUCCACCAGCAGGAGGCGCUAGGGGCCGAGGCCUCACCUGUGGAGCUGGCUCACCUGGAGAAGGACCUCAGCCUGCUCUACGGAGCGCUACGCGCCAAGAUGGCCGACAUCGUACGCCAGUCCAGCGUGAUGCCCGCCCGCAACAAGGAGCUGCUGGUGCAGGUGGCGCGGGUGGUGCAGGAGGAGGAGCGGCGGGCGGGGGAGGCGGGGGGGCUGGGGGGGUGGAGGGAGGCGUGGCGGGAGGCCGUGCGGGACGGCGUGAGGGACGUGCUGAGGGCCGUGCACCUGGACACACCUGACCACAACACUUCCUGGUUGGCCGUGCACCUGGGGCUGCUGGGAAAGGCCCUCGUGGAGAACCUGGAGCGCGUGAAGGCGGAGCUACAGGGCUCGUACCCGCCCAGCUUCCGCGUCUUUCACCACUACGUGGACGCCUGUCAUGAUGUCACCGCAGAGCACCUGCAAAGGCUCAUGGGAAAAGUGACAGAGCUGAAGGACUACUUUGCACUGUUGGACUUUAUGACACACAGAUAUCACAGUGAGCGGAUCAUGGGGAGUUUCUCUUUGCGUCCGGAGGUGAAGGAGGAGCAGAGAGAGCUCAGAAUACCGGAGGAGUUCCACCAGGACAUCAAGAAGCAGUACUGUCGACAGCUACAGGUGGAACUGCGGGGCUCGUUGGAGAAGAUUCUGCAGCUGGAGAGAGAGGAGAUGUGGGAGGAGCAGCUGCAGCCGCGGAUAGAAGAGGAGCUGUUUGAGUCCCACAUACACAUGGACAUCUGGAUGAGUGUGCAGAGUCCAGUGGUGAACGCACGGCGCAUCGACGCCGAUCUGGAACAGCGCGUCUUAAACACCUGUCUCUCCGAACUCCAGCUGUUCCCCCGCAGGUUGGAGGAGGAGUUCAUGCGGUGGAGCGGUGCUCUGCUGGACGAACGUCUUUGGGGCGACUACACCAUCACCUACAUCAACUCUUUCAGCUCUCUCAGGGAGCACAUGGAGAGCUACAAGGACAGCAGUCCAGAUCAUGUGACCCGACUGAGUGUAGAGCUGGAGGGGGCGGAGCUUAGACUGAGACACGCCCUACUGCAGCACUACAUGAAUCAGACCAAGCCUCUCCUGCGGAGGAUGAUGACUCGUAAGUGGCUCUCCACUGAUGAAGACUUCAAUCAGCUGCUCAAGAGAACACAAGACCUGCGUGAACAGUGCACUCAUAUGGACCCCAAACACACACAGGCGUUUGCCAGUGAGGUGCAUCUGUAUGUGGUGAAGGAGUACAUCUCCCCUCUGAUGAAGAACAGCUACAGCUGCAAGAACCGCAAGCACCAAAGAGCCGCCACCAAACUCAGCAGCCAGUGGGGACAGCUCAGAGACCUCUUCCAAGAGAUGAGGUCCACUGCUGAUUGGCUCCACCCAGUAGGAGACCACCUCAGCAACAUCAUUGGACAGAAAAACAAGAGUGACAUCAAGACCCACCUACCAGCCCUGGUGGAGGACUACCCUGACAUCAGUAAGCGUCACGUGGCGGCGGUGCUGUUGUUCCGGGGUGUGUCCCGUGGACGUGAGCGGCAGCUGAUCCUGCAGCGUGUGGCGGAGCUCAAGCAGGACGUCCGGAGCGCCGGGAACGCCGAGACUCACGAGCGAGUCCUCUUCAGCGGAAUACCGGCCGCAGCACACACACACUGCCUCACACACACACCCCUCUCCUGCAUCACCCGCCUGCUGCCUGACACCUAAGCCCCUUUCACAUUCACCGAAUUUAACGCUAAAUCAGCCGAAUUUAACGUUAAGGCUGUUCCUUUCACAUUGACGACACGGGGUGGGGAGUCAACCCGCCUCGGCAAUCCAACCCGUCUCGGGGGGUAGUAUCAGAGCCGAGCCGUGUUGAAUAUGAAAGGAACAGAGGUCAACCCCGCUAUUAGGGGUGUGUGACUGAUGACGUAUUUGGCCAGGCAGGAGGUUAAAAUACAGGAAACACACAAGAGACUAGGAUAACUUUAGCUGCUGUGUCCAUAGAUAUAUAUGUGUGUCCAACAAUCACGUUUUUUAUGCUGAGAGAGAGUGCCCUGAACCUCCUUUUCUCAGCACUUCGGUCAAGUGUUUAUUGUUGCUAGGUUACCAAAACCGUCUGCUGCCAGCAGCACGUCUUUUUAGAAAGUUUGCCUACUGAUAGCUAACUAGCCAACGAGCUAACUGUCAGAGCAGAAGUUGUUCAGGACUCAGCACACUGAAAUAUGACUUCGACAGACAAAAUGACCUCGUUUGGCAUUCAAAUAACAUAACAAGUGGCCCGCCAUCAUUUGGAAGCUAAACGUAGAACUAGCAUGACAGUUGUGUUUAUCAGUUUAUCUCCGAGGUCCAAGGCAUGCUUAACGUCAUUGUUCACUCCCAAAUUGCGUGUGACGUGCUGCUAGGCAACGCCUCCCAUAACUUGCCUCUGAAACCGGCUUCAGACAACCCCGGGACCAGAACACGUUUACCUUUCACAUUGCGAAAUCCCCUGAACCCGCUAUUUCUUAAACGCUAAUGUAUCGUUUCUGAAUGUGAAAGGGGCUCUAGACCAAACACACACACACACACACACACUGCCUCACACACACACCCCUCUCCUGCUUCACCCGCCUGCUGCCUGACACCUAGACACACACACACACACACACACACACACACACACUGCCUCACACACACACCCCUCUCCUGCAUCACCCGCCUGCUGCCUGACACCUAGACACACACACACACACACACACACACACACACACAUAUGCACACGUCUCCAGGACUGAUAUCUACAUCACACAUACAGUGAGGAGAAAAUGUAUUUGAUACCAUGCUAAAGUUGCCUAAAAAGAGGAAUAUAAAAUCGUCAUUUGACAAUUGAUCUUAAUGUCUUAAUUCAAAAAUUGAGUAAAAAUAAAACCGCUAAGUACGCCAAUUUUCUUUGUGAUGGAAG